CGAGUGCCCAGGACCCUUACUCGACCGGAGAUGACCGACCCGGUGGAAACAUGUACGAUACUUCUGAAGUAGCCGAGCAGUACGCCAAUUAUCAAUACCAGGCGCCAGAGAGGUACACGAUGCCCAACAACCUGACCGUGGGCGGAGGCGUGGACGGCACCAGCGAGGCGCACGAUCGGUACCAGGGGUACACGACACCGGUACCCGACCGGUACACCAUGCAGGGCAGCCUGCGACCCGAGGGAGACCUGGGAGCCACCACCGAGUUCCUCGAUAACUACCAGGGCCACAGCGCCGCCGCGCCCGACCGGUACACCAUGCAGGGCAGCCUGCAGCCCCAGGGAGGCGUAGAUGGAACGUCCGAGGUCAGGGGGAGCUACCUGGGACACGACGCCAAGAGACCGGAUAGGUAUACGAUGCAGGGAAAUCUGAAACCGCAAGGCGGCGUGGAGGGAGAGACCGAGGUUCAUGAGAGGUAUCAAGGACACGACACUAAGAAACCCGAUAGGUACACCAUGCAGGGGAAUCUUCAGACCCAAGGAGGUGUUGAUGGCAAUUCAGAGGUUCGCGAUAGGUACCAAGGACAUGAUACAAAGAAGCCAGAUAGAUAUACAAUGCAGGGAAACCUCAAGGCUCAAGGAGGAAUAGAUGGUAACUCUGAAGUUCAAGACAGGUACCAAGGACAUGAUACUAAGAAACCAGAUAGGUACACCAUGCAAGGGAAUCUGAAGGCGCAAGGAGGGGUUGAUGGGAAUUCCGAAGUUCACGAUAGAUAUCAAGGACAUGAUACAAAGAAGCCAGAUAGGUACACGAUGCAAGGCAAUCUAAAGACCCAAGGAGGAGUUGAUGGCAAUUCAGAAGUUCGCGACAGAUAUCAAGGACAUGACACUAAGAAACCCGACAAAUACACCAUGCAGGGGAACUUGAAGCCUCAAGGAGGGGUCGACGGAUAUUCAGAAGUCCACGACAGAUACCAAGGGCACAACACCAAAAAGCCGGACAAGUAUACAAUGCAAGGAAAUCUCAAAACUCAAGGUGGCGUGGAUGGAAACUCCGAAGUUCAUGACAGAUACCAGGGCCACAAUACGAAGAAACCGGACAAAUAUACAAUGCAAGGGAAUCUCAAAACCCAAGGAGGUGUUGACGGCAAUUCCGAAGUUCAUGAUAGAUAUCAAGGACACAAUACGAAGAAACCGAACAAAUAUACGAUGCAGGGGAACUUGAAGCCCCAAGGAGGGGUUGAUGGCUAUUCAGAAGUCCAUGACAGAUACCAAGGAUAUGACACUAAGAAACCUGACAAAUACACCAUGCAGGGGAACUUGAAGCCUCAAGGAGGGGUAGAUGGCUCCUCAGAAGUCCAUGACCGAUACCAAGGUCAUAAUACGAAGAAACCUGACAAGUAUACAAUGCAAGGAAACCUGAAGACCCAAGGUGGCGUGGACGGAAAUUCCGAAGUUCACGACCGAUAUCAAGGACAUGACACUAAGAAACCUGACAAAUACACCAUGCAGGGGAACUUGAAGCCUCAAGGAGGGGUAGAUGGCUCCUCAGAAGUCCAUGACCGAUACCAAGGUCAUAAUACGAAGAAACCUGACAAGUAUACAAUGCAAGGAAACCUCAAAACCCAAGGCGGCGUUGACGGCAACUCUGAGGUUCACGACAGGUAUCAAGGACAUAACACGAAGAAACCGGACAAAUAUACGAUGCAAGGGAAUCUAAAACCUCAAGGAGGAGUUGAUGGCUAUUCAGAAGUCCACGACCGAUAUCAGGGACAUGACACUAAGAAACCUGACAAAUAUACGAUGCAAGGCAAUCUGAAAACGCAAGGAGGCGUUGAUGGAAAAUCUGAAGUCCACGACAGAUACCAAGGACACAAUACGAAGAAACCGGACAAAUAUACAAUGCAAGGAAACCUUAAGACUCAAGGAGGCGUUGACGGCAACUCUGAGGUUCACGACAAAUAUCAAGGGCACAACACCAAAAAGCCGGACAAGUACACAAUGCAGGGAAACCUGAAAACGCAAGGUGGCGUGGACGGAAAUUCCGAAGUUCACGACCGAUAUCAAGGACAUGACACUAAGAAACCGGACAAGUAUACGAUGCAGGGGAAUCUCAAAACCCAAGGUGGAGUUGACGGAAACUCAGAAGUUCGUGACAGAUAUCACAGUCACAACGCAAAGAAACCUGACAAAUACACCAUGCAACCAAACCUCAAGCCCCAGGGAGGCGUUGACGGCAACUCGGAAGUCCAGGACCGAUACCAGGGUCACGCGGCCGGCGUUCCAGAACGCUUCACGAUGGGCGCCAACCUCCGCCAGGAAGGUCAGAUGCAGGGCGUGUCUGAGAUCAAGGACAAGUUCCGCGGGAGGGCGGGUCAGCGCAGUGACCGUGCGCCGGCUCCCGACCACCUCCGACUGGAGGGGGACCUGAACGGCCCCAGCGAGGCGUCGGACAGGUACCGGGGUCACGCCGCUGAUCGACCUCCUCGCCGCCGAGCCACCGACACGGUGAGACCGGAGGGAGAGCUCGGGCGGGUCACCGAGUACGCUGACCGCUACACGCCGAUCAACUUCGAGCGAGGCGCUCGCAGUGCCGGUGGAGCCUCGCUGGUCGACGAACAAGGUCUCAGCGAGUCGCAGAGACGCGUGGCCAAGUACGGGAGACGCGCGGUGCAGUCAGCCGAUGGAGGAGUGGGGACCACGGCCGACACGGGGGCGGGGAACCCCCAGGCGACCGAGGGACCCACAGCGGGAGGGGUCAAGGAUGGAGGGAGAGGCAGGAACGCUGGGGACAACCUGAGGGUGGAGGGCAAGUACAAGAACGCUGACCCGCUGAAACUGUUCAAGGCACCUGCCGUCGUCUGAGGUAGAGUGUAAGGACCUGGAAGUUGAACGGCUUUCAACCAAAACAAUAUCAGAGGAACAGUCCAAAAGGAAUCUGUGGCAGAGGAACAUCCAACAGGGGAGCUGGGUAGAGUAUAGCUGAAGGGACACCUCACCCUCAAUAGAUCUCACGAAUGAUUCAUUUUCAGAGAAUCAAAAAGUCAAAUGAAUGCUGUAGGCAUCCAUGACGAUGAAUACUCAGCACGUUUUUAUUCGGUUGAUGUAGUGUGCUGUCACUGGAAAUGUAAAGCGAACAAAGCCCGAGCAUGAAGCUGGCCGGCGAUGUUGCUCGUAUCCAGGAGCAGCUGAGGUAACAGUCGGUACGUGUGGAUGAGGUAGCCAUCACAGCACAGCAAAAAAAAAAACACACACACACACAAACAAACUAACUAACAAACAAGCAACAUCAAUGACAUAGUUGGAAAAAAUCGGUAGGUAGUGAGCAUUGAUCAAUGGGUUCAGCUGUAAACAUUGCAUACCGCACAAUAAGUUAGAAAGUGUGAACAGCAAGGAGUGUAUUUUCGUUAGCAUUCAUCUAAUCGCCUCAAUAUCAGUUAACUGGGAAGUGGGAAGUGAUUAC